CAGAUUUAUGAGCACGGCCAUCGCGAGACGCCAUUUUGCUUGUGAUAUUUUCAUAUUAUUGAAUUUUGGAUUUUACAGCUAUAAAUUGACGAUAAAUACAAAAUAAAAUGGGCGAAGAUAAAGAUCGCCGACGCAGAUCGCGUUCUAGGGGAGAGAGAAGGCGCUCGAGAUCUCGCUCACCACGAGACCGUAGGGAAAAAACUAGAAAGAGCAAAUCCAGAUCGCCGUCUAAACGAUCACGCAGACGUAAGCCUUCUCUGUAUUGGGAUGUGCCGCCACCCGGUUUCGAACACAUCACACCGCUUCAGUACAAGGCGAUGCAAGCCGCUGGACAAAUUCCCGCUAACAUCGUGGCUGACACUCCUCAAGCCGCAGUGCCAGUGGUGGGAUCCACCAUAACGCGUCAAGCAAGAAGAUUGUAUGUGGGUAACAUACCAUUUGGUGUCACUGAAGAAGAGACUAUGGAGUUCUUCAACCAACAAAUGCAUCUCUCCGGUUUGGCGCAAGCUGCUGGCAAUCCAGUUUUGGCCUGUCAAAUCAAUUUGGACAAAAACUUUGCAUUCCUUGAGUUCCGUUCUAUCGAUGAGACUACACAAGCCAUGGCCUUUGAUGGCAUCAAUUUUAAGGGACAGAGCUUGAAAAUCCGCAGACCACACGACUACCAACCCAUGCCUGGCACAGAAAACCCAGCUAUUAAUGUGCCUGCUGGUGUCAUAAGUACAGUUGUUCCAGACUCUCCACACAAAAUAUUUAUUGGGGGUUUGCCCAAUUAUCUCAAUGAAGAUCAAGUAAAAGAAUUGCUGAUGUCAUUUGGUCAGCUCCGGGCUUUCAAUUUGGUGAAGGACUCGUCUACGGGACUGAGCAAAGGCUACGCCUUCGCUGAAUAUGUCGACAUUUCGAUGACAGACCAAGCUAUUGCAGGGCUCAAUGGUAUGCAGCUGGGUGACAAGAAACUGAUUGUACAGCGAGCCAGUAUUGGAGCCAAGAACUCUACUUUGGCGAUGACGGGAGCGGCACCAGUUCAACUUCAAGUGGCGGGUCUGACGCUGGCGGGCGCCGGACCGCCGACUGAGGUGUUGUGCCUGCUCAACAUGGUCACACCUGAGGAAUUGCGCGACGAAGAAGAAUAUGAAGAUAUCCUCGAAGAUAUUAAGGAGGAAUGUAACAAGUAUGGUUGCGUGCGCAGUAUAGAAAUCCCGAGACCCAUAGAAGGUGUUGAAGUGCCAGGUUGUGGCAAGGUGUUUGUCGAGUUCAACAGCAUUGCAGAUUGUCAGAAGGCGCAACAGACUCUCACCGGCAGAAAGUUCAGCAACCGAGUAGUGGUCACUUCCUACUUCGACCCUGAUAAAUAUCACCGCAGAGAAUUCUAAAUUAACGCAUUCGGCUUUUCCAGAUUCCAUAUUCCUGUAAUUCUUUUUAACUCCUAAGUGACUUAUGAAAUGAAUUUCAUGUAACAAUCCAUCUCAAUGUAUUUAACAACUAAGAAUAAAAAAAUGUCUUAAUUUA